UUUUUUUUUUUCCUUUCCUUUUUCCCUAAUCAAUUUUGACAGCUGUAUAUUUGCUAAUUCCAAACCGACUACAUAUUUUUCUUGUGUACAUAAGUACUACAAGAGGCGAUAAAAAAAAAUGAAUCACGAAAAGACAGUGAUUAACACAAUUGUCCAUUCGGAACCUGAGGAAGUGGAUAUGGAAGUAGCUGAAUCUAGGGAGAAUGAUCUGCUGAGUGAUUCUGCCUCAGAAGUUCCGUCGUGUUCCUCUUCGAUACUCAAUACGCCGAAAAAUGACCUGGUGGAAAGUGAUAGUGACGACGAUGGUAUAAAUGUUACUAUCAAACCGAUUUCCAGUGUGAUUUUUAGGUCUGCUAUCGAAAGUGAGAUCAACAAUAGUCGAUCUCUAAGUGAUAGUGAGCCUAAAAUCAAAUGGCGUAAAAAUAUGUCAAAAGGACAAAGGAAUAAAAUGAAGAAAUGUCUGGAAGCUGGGCUGAAUAAACACGAAGCUCGGAAACAAGUAUUUUCUAAUGUUACUCCUGGCACUCCAAACACAACUAAAAGAUUGAGAGAAGGUGAACAAGGUAGUAGUGAAGAGAACCCAAACGCAAAGAGGACGAAGGAGAACCUCUGUCCAAAGAUGCGUGCGGGGUUAAUCUCUUCUAACAUCCAAGACAAAUAUAUGAAGGAGAAGGAGACUGUUAAGAAUUCAGGGAAGGCUGCAUUAAAAGUUCCGGAAUAUUCUGGUAACCUGCCAGCCAUUCCAAAUUCAACAAAACACUCCUAUAGAGAUGCGGCAAGGAUGGUUAAAAUGGGCAUACUAGUAAAAGAUUAUCCAAAUCAUCAAAUGACAACAGAGCAACUUGAUGCUCUGCAGGAAGCAAUUCUUUUAAAAAUAGAGAAUCAAAGACAUGAGAAAGUUAAACCCAAAUUUACAAAAUGUAGCUAUAGGCAUGGUUAUCUGGUCCUUGACUGCAAAGACUCAGUAACUGCAAAUUGGCUAAAAGAUGUAACUGGGAUGCUCUCUCCUUGGGAAAAUGCGGAACUAAUUGCGUUGGAUGAAAAAGAUAUUCCUCGCCCGGAAGUUUUUCAUGCGUUCUUUCCCCUCAGUGCUGACUACAGCGAUGAGCGGCUUAGAGGACUCAUAGAGAGUCAGAAUGAUGGUCUAAGCACAAAAGGCUGGAGAAUUCUAACCCGUUCAAACGCGAAUAAACACGCAGAGUGGAUGCUAAACGUAGAUGAAGGUUCCUUGGAGAUACUGUCGCAAAGAAACUUUAUUCUAAACUUCCGCUUUGGCGAAACGCAGCUGAGAAAGGUGAAAUAUCCUGGGCAGCGUCAUUCGGAGAUAACUGCCACUCCUCCCAAAGGUAACGCAUCAACUGUAGGUGCAAAAUCGAACAUAACGGAAUAUACAAAGGAACCUUUCAUUGGUUCAAGCAGUAAAGAUGGCCAGCAUUCCACGAAAAGGAGUGUGCCUGAAAGGAUGCCUGAUAAGAUGAGAGAAACCCGUGUAUUUCUUGAAAAUGAAAACGAUAGGACCAUCGCUUCCUGCAAAGGCAAAGAAAAGCGUUCACUGCCUUCUCAUGAAACCGAUUAAGUUCGUGCAGGUGAACCUCCAUCACGCAAAGGGUGCGUCUGCUGUGUUGAGUCGGAGGUUCUGUAAGCAAGGCUUGGGCGUGGCUCUAAUUCAGGAGCCAUGGUCCAAUAAAGGAAAAAUACUUGGUAUUGAAACACAAAAUUAAUUUAUUAAACGAGACAUUGUUGCGGUCAUGGUGGAGGUACCAACAACUAGGGGAAAAACAGAGGUCGUUGUGGCUUCAGCGUACUUCCCUGGUGAUGAUACUGUGGUUCCUCCUCCUGAGAUCGAUCCAUUCGUCCAAAAAUGCAGAGAAAUCAACAAGCCAUUCAUUCUUGGGUGUGACGCCAACGCCCAUCAUACG